AUGGAAACAGCGGAAAACCGCGUCGGUGCGAAUCGCAAGCAGCAAAACAAACAGCAAGUUGGCAAAAAUCUGAGUGUUUCAUUUCAGAAGUUUAGUGCAGAGCGCCCCGAAGAGAUUCUUAAAGCGCACGUAGACGAAUGUCCUACAGCGUUGGCUCAAUAUGUGAACGACUUUGCGUUUCGCUCCGAAAAGUGUGCCUUGGAGAGGUUGGAAAACAGCCCAGAAUUUUUACAGUGUGCCUCAUGGAGCGUUUGUUUAGACUCUUUUGGGUUUCGUGAAACUUGCAAUAACGAGCUACCGUUGGCACUCAAAUCGAUAGCAUUUACUGAACCGUUUCCGAAACCCGAGCAUGUUAACGGAGUAAACUUUCAGAUGCUCUACCUCAACUUGGCAUGCAUGAUGAUGGGUCAGCCUAUAAGGGGUAUGAAUGCGUCGACAAGAAAGGUGUUGAAAGACGUUUAUGAGCAAACGGUCCUCAAAAUAUCGCAAACGGAUCACAACGAAGACAUAACCUUACUGCACGAAAAAUUGAAAACAAUGGCUCCUCCACAGAAAUCGAAACGAAAAUUGCCGAUAACGAAAGACUUGAAAACGUUUUUCGCUGAUCCAAACAUAAAUCCCUUUAAAAUUCCCAUGGAGAAGAUAGUGAAAAAGGAUGGAACAAUUUCGAAAUGAGAAGCAUUUGUCAGUAUUUGAUUGUUUGGUUGCUUCAUUAACAUUAAGAGAGAAGAAAAACAUUAAAAUAUACCAAGUUUUCAAUAAAUUACAAACUCGUAACAGUGAAAUCACGCUGUGGUUGUUUAUUAUUUUUAAUCAUUUGAUCAUGGUUAUGACAAAUCUUGGUAUAGGUAGUUAACAUUUCUUUUCGACAUCAAACUCAGUUCUUUUACAUCAAGAUCUUAAGAAUGGUUGUAGAACGUCGUUUUCCACAUUUUUGUUAAAUAGUGCUGGUCAGGAGUGGUAGCAUACAUCAUCCAAUUGAUCGACAUUGU